GGAUGCAGAUAGGGAGCAGGAAGCAAGAGAACAGUAAAGUCAGAUGAGCCGGAAAGGAGGCAGAUGCUAAGGACAUGAGGAAAGUAGCCGCCAGCGGCCCAAACACCUGAGAGAGAACACCCGAGGGGGGCAGCUUCUCAAGUGCAGGGCUGGGCAGAAGCCUAGGCUCACAGCCACUACCAUCUGGACCUGGGAUCAUGUCUGCUAACAAGGGCUGGUGGGUGCCACCUGAGGGUGAGGACAACCUGUCUGGGAAGUUCCUAAGGAAGACCAGGGAGUCUCCACUGGUGCCUAUAGGUGUAGGAGGCUGCCUGGCGGUAGCCGCAUACAGGAUUUACCGGCUGAAGGCUCGAGGUCCCACCAAGUUGUCCAUACAUCUGAUUCACACCCGAGUGGCAGCACAGGCAUGUGCUGUGGGUGCGAUCAUGCUUGGUGCUGUGUACACAAUGUACAGAGAUUACGUCAAGAGGGCGUCAGAGGCUCCUGAGAAGUAGGGCUCCUGACAUGGCUGGACGGCCCAGUUCCCAGCUGUCUCUGUAUGUGCCCAAUAAAGCCAUGUUGAAGAGCGUUAAAA